AUCCACUGAAGUUGUAGUUGAACAGUGACCCCGUGAUAUAAAAUAUUAGCUGUUUACAUUCUGCUCUUUCCUUCACUCCCCAAACCAUAACUCCGUUUCUCUCUCUCCCUCCGACUUCUUUCUAACGCACUCUCCAAUCCAUUUUUGUCACUCAGAUUACUCCCUAUUCCGCAACUGUAACUCGCCGUCAAAUUCCUCGCCGUCUCCGUGGCCGUCAAGGAAAUUGAUGAUUGAACAGCGUUGAAAUCUGGUAGUGUGGUGACUGAUAGCAUAAAUUUGUUUGAGGGUGGGAAUUGAUAGAAAGAAGAGCAUUAAAAAGGAGGGCAUCAAAGAGAAGUUCUCCUUGGAUCAUUCAUGGCAUCAAGAUCAUAUGCUAAUCUACUGGAGCUAGCUGGAGGUUUACUGGAUAUUCCUCACACCCCAAGAACUAUUCCAAGGAUUAUGACAGUUCCUGGAGUUAUUUCUGACCUGGAUGUUUAUGGUAGAUGUGAUGGGGAUUCAGAUGUUAGCUCUUCUGGUUGUCGGGAGAGGAAAAUCAUUGUAGCAAACAUGUUGCCAUUGCAGGCUAAAAGAGACAUCGACACUGCUAAAUGGUGUUUCAGUUUGGAUGAGGAUUCAAUUUUGUUACAAUUAAAAGAUGGUUUUUCUUCUGACACUGAGGUGAUUUAUGUGGGAUCCCUCAAGGUUGAUAUAGAUGCCAGUGAGCAGGAAGAAGUUGCUCAGAAAUUACUGGAGGACUUUAAUUGCAUACCUACCUUUCUACCCCAUGAUCUCCAGAAAAAAUUUUAUCUUGGUUUUUGCAAACAGCAGCUCUGGCCUCUCUUUCAUUACAUGCUACCUAUGUGCCCUGAUCAUGGUGAUCGUUUUGACCGCUUGCUUUGGCAGGCCUAUGUUUCUGCAAACAAAAUAUUUGCAGACAAGGUUAUGGAAAUAAUCAAUCCUGAUGAUGAUUUUGUUUGGGUUCAUGACUAUCAUUUGAUGGUUUUGCCUACAUUCUUGAGGAAGCGGUAUAAUCGAGUUAAACUAGGAUUCUUUCUUCACAGUCCUUUCCCUUCAUCUGAAAUUUACCGAACUUUGCCAGUAAGGGAUGGAAUUUUGAGGGGGUUGUUGAAUUCUGAUUUAAUUGGUUUUCAUACAUUUGAUUAUGCUCGUCACUUCCUCUCUUGCUGCAAAAGAAUGCUAGGUCUUGACUAUGAAUCUAAACGCGGACAUAUAGGACUUGAUUACUUUGGCCGUACUAUAUUUAUCAAAAUUUUGCCUGUGGGCAUUCAUAUGGGUCGGCUUGAAUCUGUAUUAAAUCUCCAAUCUACAUCUGCUAAAUUGAAAGAGAUUCAGGAAGAGUUUAAGGGUAGGAAGGUGAUUCUUGGUGUUGAUGACAUGGAUAUCUUUAAGGGCAUUAGUCUGAAGCUUCUAGCUGUUGAGCAGCUGCUGCAGCAGAAUCCAGAUUUGCAGGGCAAAGUUGUCCUUGUUCAGAUUGUGAAUCCUGCAAGGGGCUCAGGCAAGGAUGUUCAUGAAGCAAAGAAGGAAACAUAUUUAAUCGCUGGGAGGAUUAAUGAUACUUAUGGUUCUAACCAUUAUCGGCCAGUUAUUCUCAUUGACCGUCCUGUUCCUCGUUUUGAGAAGAGUGCCUAUUAUGCUGUGGCAGAAUGUUGCAUUGUCAAUGCUGUGAGGGAUGGUAUGAACUUAGUCCCAUACAAAUAUAUUGUUUGUAGAGAAGGAACUGCACAGCUGGACAAAGCUUUGAUUAGAAAAAGUGAUUCUCCUCGUACCAGCAUGCUUGUUGUGUCUGAGUUCAUUGGUUGUUCUCCUUCUCUAAGUGGAGCAAUCAGGGUCAAUCCCUGGAACAUAGAUGCAGUGGCUGAUGCUCUGUAUUCAGCUAUUACUAUGCAGGAUUCAGAGAAGCAAUUGAGACAUGAGAAACACUACCGAUACAUCAGUUCUCAUGAUGUUGCAUAUUGGGCACGCAGCUUUAUUCAGGAUUUAGAGAGAGCGUGUAAAGAUCAUUACAUCAAAAGGUGUUGGGGAAUGGGUUUGGGGCUAGGGUUCAGAGUUGUUUCUCUUUCUCCUUGUUUUAGAAAAUUGUCCGUUGACCACAUUGUCUCAGCAUACAAAAGAACCAGUAGAAGAGCCAUAUUUCUGGAUUAUGACGGUACUAUUGUACCAAAAUCUUCUAUAAAUAAAACCCCCAGCUCUGAAGUCAUAUCUGUGCUUAAUGAUCUGAGUAAUGAUACUAAAAAUACUGUGUUCAUUGUUAGUGGAAGGGGAAGAAAUUCUUUAAGUGAUUGGUUUACGUCAUGCAAAAUGAUUGGCCUUGCAGCUGAACAUGGAUACUUUUUAAGGUGGAAUAAAGAUUCUGAAUGGGAAACCAGUCACUUGUCUGCUGAUCUUGAUUGGAAGAAGAUUGUGGAACCUGUCAUGCAGUUGUAUACAGAGGCCACUGAUGGAUCUAAUAUUGAAACUAAGGAAAGUGCUUUGGUGUGGCAUCAUCAAGAUGCAGACCCUGAUUUUGGUUCUUGCCAAGCCAAAGAAUUGUUGAAUCAUCUGGAAAGUGUGCUUGCUAAUGAACCUGCUGUUGUUUCAAGGGGACAGCAUAUUGUUGAAGUCAAGCCGCAGGGAAUAAGCAAGGGCGUGGUAGCUGAAAAGAUUCUUUCCACUAUGGUUAAUGGUGGCAAUCCACCAGAUUUUUUUAUGUGCGUUGGAGAUGAUAUUUCUGAUGAAGACAUGUUUGAGAGCAUAUUACGGACAGUUUCAUGCCCAUCAUUGCCAGUACUUCCAGACGUCUUUGCCUGCACUGUUGGUCAGAAACCUAGUAAAGCCAAAUAUUACCUUGAUGAUCCUGCCGAUGUGAUGAAGUUGCUGAAAGGCCUUAGUGCUUCAUCUAAUCCAAAGCGCAGGCAUCUAGCCCAAUUCCAAAUUUCUUUUGAGAGCACUGUUUGAGUUGUGGGACAGGGCAAGACAUCGUUAUUGGCUCCUUGUGCUUGUCUAUUUGGGAGGAUUCGUCGCCUCUGAAUCUGGGAAUGUUAGGUUCUUGAUCCUGACCUGACAUGAUGUGGGAUCUUGCUGUUGCAGAUAUGGCUCUAUGCAUUUUGCAUGGCUUCCGGAAGCAUUUUUCUUUUGGGUUCAGUAAUCAGUAAUGCGGUUCAUGAAUGAGCUGACAAUUCUUCUCACGUACUUGGUUACGUCAAUUGUUGUAUUUGCUGGUGCCACCUAUAGCUGUAGUUGUAGAAUUGUAGACCAUAUAGUUGUUUGCAUUGAACAAGGGGCAUCAAUAACUUGUACAGUUACACUAUUUUUCUUAACUAUACAUAAUGGCAAUCUGUUUUGAGAUCUUUUGCUU